GAGAAGACAAUGCCUCAUAUUUUAUGAAUAAAGAGGGGGUCUCAACUGUCAGGCCAUUCUGAGUCACAUAUUGACCCCAAAUUCUAUUGAACAUCUUCCCCACCUGGUCCUCAUCGAGGAUGCGGACCCCUGGGAAAAAUAAAAGGAAAAGUAUUUUUCCAUUUCGUCCCCUAUUUCCCCUUUUGUGCCUCCAAGAUUGAAGGUGUUAACCCCAUCCCCCACCCACUCCAUGCUCUAUGGGGCAGCCCCUCGUCUGUAAGGACCCUUAAAGGCAUUUCAGCAUCUCAGCAGAAAGGAACUGACUGGGAGGAGGAUCUUUGAAUGCAGGGGAGCUGGGAGGAUUGAGGGGGGUUGGGGCCCUCCUUGCACACAUCUCCCACCAGGGGCCAGACCUUCCGGGCUUGGGUCUCGGGAGCCCAAAGCACGCCCACAAAGGCCGAGCGCCCUGGCUUCGCUGCGUUCCGGAGAAGCAGGGCGUGCUGCUUCUCCCGGAUCUGGCGGGCCUCUGGCCACGGCUGGUUGGAGGUGGGGGUGGGCGAGGAGGGGCGCUCAAGUCACGUGCCCGCGCUGGGGCCGCAAUAAAUGCUCGCGAACGCGAGGGAGCGACGGAAGCGCUAGGCGCCUGGUUCUGCGCGCACCGGCUGUACGGAGCAAGAAGUCGCCGCCAGCCUCCGCCGCCGAGCCUCGCUCGUGUCCCCGCCCCUCGCUCCUGCAGAUACUGCUCAGAGACGCUGGGGCGCCCACCCUGGCAGACUAACGAAGCAGCUCCCUUCCCACCCCAACUGCAGGUCUAAUUUUGGACGCUUUGCCUGCCACUUCUUCCAGGUUGAGGGAGCCGCAGAGGCGGAGGCUCGCGUAUUCCUGCAGUCAGCACCCACGUCGCCCCCGGACGCUCGGUGCUCAGGCCCUUCGCGAGCGGGGCUCUCCGUCUGCGGUCCCUUGUGAAGGCUCUGGGCGGCUGCAGAGGCCGGCCGUCCGGUUUGGCUCACCUCUCCCAGGAAACUUCACACUGGAGAGCCAAAAGGAGUGGAAGAGCCUGUCUUGGAGAUUUUCCUGGGGAAAUCCUGAGGUCAUUCAUUAUGAAGUGUACCGCGCGGGAGUGGCUCAGAGUAACCACAGUGCUAUUCAUGGCUAGAGCAAUUCCAGCCAUGGUGGUUCCCAAUGCCACUUUAUUGGAGAAACUUUUGGAAAAAUACAUGGAUGAGGAUGGUGAGUGGUGGACAGCCAAACAACGAGGGAAAAGGGCCAUCACAGACAAUGACAUGCAGAGUAUUUUGGACCUUCAUAAUAAAUUACGAAGUCAGGUGUAUCCAACAGCCUCUAAUAUGGAGUAUAUGACAUGGGAUGUAGAGCUGGAAAGAUCUGCAGAAUCCUGGGCUGAAAGUUGCUUGUGGGAACAUGGACCUGCAAGCUUGCUUCCAUCAAUUGGACAGAAUUUGGGAGCACACUGGGGAAGAUAUAGGCCCCCGACGUUUCAUGUACAAUCGUGGUAUGAUGAAGUGAAAGACUUUAGCUACCCAUAUGAACAUGAAUGCAACCCAUAUUGUCCAUUCAGGUGUUCUGGCCCUGUAUGUACACAUUAUACACAGGUCGUGUGGGCAACUAGUAACAGAAUCGGUUGUGCCAUUAAUUUGUGUCAUAACAUGAACAUCUGGGGGCAGAUAUGGCCCAAAGCUGUCUACCUGGUGUGCAAUUACUCCCCAAAGGGAAACUGGUGGGGCCAUGCCCCUUACAAACAUGGGCGGCCCUGUUCUGCUUGCCCACCUAGUUUUGGAGGGGGCUGUAGAGAAAAUCUGUGCUACAAAGAAGGGUCAGACAGGUAUUAUCCCCCUCGAGAAGAGGAAACAAAUGAAAUAGAACGACAGCAGUCACAAGUCCAUGACACCCAUGUCCGGACAAGAUCAGAUGAUAGUAGCAGAAAUGAAGUCAUAAGCACACAGCAAAUGUCCCAAAUUGUUUCUUGUGAAGUAAGAUUAAGAGAUCAGUGCAAAGGAACAACCUGCAAUAGGUACGAAUGUCCUGCUGGCUGUUUGGAUAGUAAAGCUAAAGUUAUUGGCAGUGUACAUUAUGAAAUGCAAUCCAGCAUCUGUAGAGCUGCAAUUCAUUAUGGUAUAAUAGACAAUGAUGGUGGCUGGGUAGAUAUCACUAGACAAGGAAGAAAGCAUUAUUUCAUCAAGUCCAAUAGAAAUGGCAUUCAAACAAUUGGCAAAUAUCAGUCUGCUAAUUCCUUCACAGUCUCUAAAGUAACAGUUCAGGCUGUGACUUGUGAAACAACUGUGGAACAGCUCUGUCCAUUUCAUAAGCCUGCUUCACAUUGCCCAAGAGUAUACUGUCCUCGUAACUGUAUGCAAGCAAAUCCACAUUAUGCUCGUGUAAUUGGAACUCGAGUUUAUUCUGAUCUGUCCAGUAUCUGCAGAGCAGCAGUACAUGCUGGAGUGGUUCGAAAUCACGGUGGUUAUGUUGAUGUAAUGCCUGUGGACAAAAGAAAGACCUACAUUGCUUCUUUUCAGAAUGGAAUCUUCUCAGAAAGUUUACAGAAUCCUCCAGGAGGAAAGGCAUUCAGAGUGUUUGCUGUUGUGUGAAACGGAAUACUUGGAAGAGGAUCAUAAAGACUAUUCCAAAUGAAAUAUUUCUGAAUUUUGUAUAAAACUGUAACAUUACUGUACAGAGUACAUCAACUAUUUUCAGCCCAAAAAGGUGCCAAAUGCAUAUAAAUCUUGAUAAACAAAGUCUAUAAAAUAAAACAUGGGACAUUAGCUUUGGGAAAAGUAAUGAAAAUAUAAUGGUUUUAGAAAUCCUGUGUUAAAUAUUGCUAUAUUUUCUUAGCAGUUAUUUCUACAGUUAAUUACAUAGUCAUGAUUGUUCUACAUUUCAUAUAUUAUAUGGUGCUUUGUAUAUGCCACUAAUAAAAUGAAUCUAAACAUUGAAUGUGAAUGGCCCUCAGAAAAUCAUCUAGUGCAUUUAAAAAUAAUCGACUCUAAAACUGAAAGAAACCUUAUCACAUUUUCCCCAGUUCAAUGCUAUGCCAUUACCAACUCCAAAUAAUCUCAAAUAAUUUUCCACUUAAUAACUGUCAAGUUUUUUUUCUGUUAAUUUAGGCAUAUAGAAUAUUAAAUUCUGAUAUUGCACUUCUUAUUUUAUAUAAAAUAAUCCUUUAAUAUCCAAAUGAAUCUGUUAAAAUGUUUGAUUCCUUGGGAAUGGCCUUAAAAAUAAAUGUAAUAAAGUCAGAGUGGUGGUAUGAAAACAUUCCUAGUGAUCAUGUAGUAAAUGUAGGGUUAAGCAUGGGCAGCCAGAGCUUUCUAUGUACUGUUAAAAUUGAGGUCACAUAUUUUCUUUUGUAUCCUGGCAAAUACUCCUGCAGGCCAGGAAGUAUAAUAGCAAAAAGUUGAACAAAGAUGAACUAAUGUAUUACAUCACCAUUGCCACUGAUUUUUUUUUUAAAUGGUAAAUGACCUUGUAUAUAAAUAUUGCCAUAUCAUGGUACCUAUAAUGGUGAUAUAUUUGUUUCUAUGAAAAAUGUAUUGUGCUUUGAUACUAAAAAUCUGUAAAAUGUUAGUUUUGGUAAUUUUUUUUCUGCUGGUGGAUUUACAUAUUAAAUUUUUUCUGCUGGUGGAUAAACAUUAAAAUUAAUCAUGUUUCAAAGUUUUAUUUUCAGUUCCUUUUGCAUGCCUAUUUUGAUUUAGAAAUCACUUUAAGAUAAAUGAACAAAAUUAUUGUAAGUCUUCUAAACUUGGUUUAUUGACGUUAGUAUAAAUAACAUACUUAAUACCAGAUGUCUACAAAAUCGACCUGAUUAUUUAGGUAUUUGUAUGUGAAAGAGAAACACAUAUUUAGAAACACAGCAAGGGAGAUUUUGAAUAAAGAGAGAGAUGAAUUUAUAAAGUAGGAAAAAAAGAAUCUGAAAGAUACAAAGUGAUUAUAAAAGAAUUGACAGGACAAUAAAUACUUCAAAUACUUUUAGAAAGUAAAUGAGUAGGAGUUUAGGAGGGAUAAAUGAGAUAAAUUCCAUGCAAUGAUCAAGGAAAGCAAGAGAGCAGAUAAUACAAAAGAAAAAGAAGAAGGUUCACAUAAAUAGCUUCUGGAGUGCAAAUUAUAAAGACAUCAACAUUUUUGAUCAUAUAAUAAGUAUCGGCUUAGAGCUAAGUGGUUCCAAAUACUGGUAAUUAAAACAAUGAUGUAUACGUUAAAGAUUGCAAAACUUAAAAGCAGAUUUUUAUGGGAACUUUUUCCGAAAGGAUACAUGACCACCUUCUUAAAUAGUAUGACUUUACAUAGACUCUUUUUCUGGUCCUUACUGCUCCUCCCACAACAGGGAAGCCCCAUCAGUUCUGUCAGUAUACGGUUUUCUUCUAUUUGCCCUUAGUUUAGAUCUCUAUCAUCAAUUCCACUUACUAUUGUAAUAUCUUCAGCUGGAGCCUCUUUGUGUCUUUCUCCAUUCCUUUUUAAUACAUUCGUAUUUCCCAGCCCCAGAACCCUUGAAAUUAACUCUUCCAUGAGUUUUCAUUGCUGAAGAAAAACCAAACAUCCUUGUAAAAACAUUUAAGAACUUCCAUAGUCUUGUUCAUAUUGUUUACCUAUCUUCUACACAAGGUGUGUCCUUGGGUAAGUUAUUUAACUUCAAUUUACCUUACCUGUAAAAUGGAACAAAUAAUAUCUCCUUAAGAUUGCUCUACGAAUUAAUUGACACAUUAUGUGUGAUGUACUUAAAGGAAUAAUAAACGCAUAAUAUGUGGUCAGUGGAUGCCAUUUUCUAUUAUAAUCAUUUUUGUUAUUUAAUUUGGGGAAACUAUUCAUCUGUCAUAUACUAUUGAUCCUUUGGCACUUAAAUAAAUGUGAAAUCCUCCAGGAAUUUUCCUGUGAUUCUCCUUGUAAGAAUUAAAUGCUCUCUAAUAUGA